GUCGGUUCACCACCAACCAGCGUGUUAGCAACGAGCUGCUAACUCCCCCAAACUGUCAGGAAUAUGUCUCUCAAGUCGUGAUCACACAUUUAAAAGUAUUUUUAUAAGCCGUGUGUAGUUUAGUGAAUCCACCUCUCUUUAAAAGAUGUUUUCGUCUAUACUGAAUUUCAUUAAACGUCACAGAAAGAAGUUGAUUUUCACUGGAACUGUGAUCGGAGGAAUCUACUUCCUGGGGAAGUUCGCCCAGAGGAAGCUCCAGGAGAUCCAGGAGAGGGAGGCGGCCGAGUACAUCGCCCAGACCCGGCGGCAGUUCCACUUCGAGAGCAACCAGAGGACCUGCAACAUGACCGUUCUGUCCAUGCUGCCGCCGCUCCGAGAGGCAAUCCUGGCCCAGCUGAACUCGGAGAGCCUCACGGCGCUGCUGAAGGCCAAACCCGCCAACAAGCUGGAGAUCUGGGAGGACCUGAAGAUCAUCAGUUUCACCCGGACCAUCGUGGCCGUCUACAGCACCUGCAUGCUGGUGGUUCUGCUCCGGGUCCAGCUCAACAUCAUCGGGGGGUAUUUGUACCUGGACAACUCCGUGGGGAAGAGCGUGACGACGCCACUGGCUCCUCCAGAUGUCCAGCAGCAAUACCUGUCCAGUAUCCAGCACCUGUUGGGAGACGGUCUGACGGAGUUGACGUCGCUGGUGAAGAGGGCGGUGCAGAGCGCCCUGGGCAGCUUCUCCCUGAAGCAGAGCUUGUCUCUGCUGGACGUGGAGCAGCAGCUGAGCUGGAUCCGGGCCGAGGUGGAGUCGUCCGCCCAGCGCCCGCUGCCCUGGUACAUGCUGGCCGCCGACGAGGACGCGCUGGCCGACCAGGCGCGGGGACUGACGGAGAACGACCUCAUGACCAUCAGACUGCUGAACGAGACCAGAGACAUGCUGGACAGUCCAGAUUUCUCCACCGUCCUCAACGCCUGUCUGAAUCGCGGAUUCUCCCAUCUCCUUGACAACCUGGCCGAGUUCUUCCGCCCGCCUCCCGGAGACUCCGCCCCCAGCUCCGCCCCCGACAGCCUGUCGGCCGUCUCUCUGCCGCUGGCCAAGAUCAUCCCCAUCGUCAACGGACAGAUCAACACCAUCUGCAGCGAGACGCCCAGCCACUUCGUCCAGGACCUGCUGAUGAACGACCAGGUGAAGGAGUUUGCCGCCAACGUGUACGAGACGUUCAGCGCGCCGCAGGAGCUGCAGAAAUGACGGCGGCGCCGGAGACGCCUGAGAGGAAACGCUGGGACCAAACUGGACGAGUCCUGGACGCCAGUCCCCCCCGUACGGGACUCUGGAGUAAAAACUGGACCUGGACCUGUUUUAAUACCAGAAACUGCUGUCAGCCUCAGGACUGUUGCAUCAUGGGAACCUGAGUUCUGUGCAGAGAAGCUGCUCGGACGCCGUGAUGGACGUCGGGGGGGCAGAACCGGAUCAUGGGGCUGUUAUUCCAUGAAGAACCUGACGGAGACGUUUAAAACGCUCAAAUUCAACCUGUAGUUCCAAUAAUCAGAGGUUCAAAGCUCCGCUAAAGACUCUUCACACUAAUUACACUUUGUUUUGGUUUGUUAUUUUUCUGUUUUCUCAAACAACUGCAGAGAAGAACGUCGGUUUUUGUGAUGUGUCGCCGAACUUUUAAUAAACAGACUCUAAAUGUGUUAAAAGUUUAAUUUUUUCAGUUAAGUUGGCGCUUGUAGGUAGAUUUUAGCCCCUUUUUUGU